AUGUACAAAUUACGUAGAAUAUUGAAUGGGAAAUUAACACACUUUCCACCUAUCAGAUUAUUAGCGAAUUCUACUCAUAAUUUUCUUAAAACUCUUCAUUAUGAUGUGAUUGUGGUUGGUGGUGGCCAUGCAGGUGCUGAGGCAUCAGCAGCUGCAGCCAGAAUGGGGGCCAAAACCCUUUUAGUGACCCACAAGAAGGACACCAUUGGUGAGAUGUCCUGCAAUCCUUCUUUUGGUGGCAUAGGUAAAGGACAUUUAAUGAGAGAAGUGGAUGCACUUGAUGGCAUUUGUGGAAGGAUAUGUGACUUAUCUGGAAUUCAAUACAGAGUACUAAAUAAACGCAGAGGACCAGCAGUGUGGGGUCCCCGUGCUCAAAUAGAUCGUAAACUCUAUAAAAAUCACAUCCAAGAAGAAAUUUUCAACAAAACACCGAAUUUAGACGUUUAUGAAGGCUCAGUAGAAGACCUAAUCGUCGCAAACGAGUCAACAAACUCCAACAAUCAAAAAAUCAUCGAUUGUCAAGGCGUAAUUAUGCAGGACGGCACACAAAUCAAUUCAAAAACAGUGAUAAUCACAACCGGCACUUUUCUGAACGCUCAAAUCAACAUAGGAUUAGAAGUACGUCUUGCUGGUCGAAUGGGAGAUACCACAUCCAUCGGUCUCGCACAAACUCUAGACAGAAUCGGAUUGAAACUCGGUAGAAUGAAAACUGGUACACCACCUAGACUACUAAAAUCAUCGAUUGAUUUCUCGAAAUGCGAAAAACAAUAUGGCGAUGAUCCGCCGACGCCAUUUUCGUUUAUGAACGAAAAAGUUUGGAUCGAGGGAAAAGAUCAAUUAACUUGUUUUCUAACACAAACCAGUUUGGAAAUUGAAAAGAUUGUAAAAGCCAACUUACAUGUCAACCGCCAUGUGCAAGAGGAAGUCACCGGACCACGUUACUGUCCGAGCAUCGAAUCGAAAGUUUUGCGUUUCGGAGGGCGUCAACAUCAUGUCUGGCUGGAACCAGAAGGAUUAGACUCUGAUCUUAUAUAUCCAAACGGAUUGUCCUGCACUCUACCGGAAAACUUCCAGGUUGACUUAAUCAGAAAAAUAAUUGGUUUAGAAAAGCAGUUAGUAAAGCCAGGUUAUGGCGUUGAAUACGAGUUUGUAGAUCCGCGCGAGCUGCAACCCACAUUACAAGUGAAACGCGUGGCGAAUUUGUUCUUCGCCGGGCAGAUCAAUGGCACCACUGGUUAUGAAGAGGCGGCUGCGCAGGGUAUUAUUGCUGGAAUUAAUGCUGCAGCCAAGGUAAUAAAUAAUUAAUGCUUAUAAUUUUUAAAGUUAAUAUUAAAUAAGGUUUUAGAUAAAGAUCCAUUGAUUGUGAGUCGAACCGAAGGUUACGUCGGUGUUUUAAUCGAUGAUUUGACAACACUGGGCACAAACGAACCGUAUCGAAUGUUCACGAGUCGCGCUGAAUUUAGGUUAAUGCUGCGACCAGACAAUGCAGACUUGAGACUCACUGAAAAAGGUUAUAAAUUAGGUGUGGUGUCAGCAGAGCGCAUGAAACGCACCAAAGAAGUGGAAUCUCAGCUAGAAGAAGGCAUUGACAUACUUAAACACUGCACAAAAACGACUUCAAAAUGGUGGGAACUGUUACAAACACCAAGCACACAGAAUCAUAGCACAAAAAGCGCAUUUGAAAUGUUGCAAACUGGCCGUGAUAACGUCACACUUUCGAGGUUAUGUGAUAUAGAACCGGCAUUGCAGCGCUUGUUACAAGAUGGCCGCGUUGCUCAACGCUUAGAAAUUGAAGCGCAAUAUGAGUAUGCAAUUCGAAGCCAAGCAGGUGAAGUGGAAGAAGUGAAACGCGACGAAGAAAUGCAUAUUCCAAUAAGUUUAGAUUACAACUCAAAAGGGUUGAAUUUAAGUUUCGAGGACAGAGAGAAACUUCUACGAGUGCAACCUGCGACUAUUGCAGCGGCAAGUCGCAUACCCGGAGUAACACCCUCGGCUGUUCUACGACUAUUACGGUUUGUAAAAAAUACAAAUUUACCAAUAACAAGUUCAAUAACAUGAUUAGGAUGAUAAAUAAAUAAUUUCAACUGUU